AGAGAGAGACGAAGAAGAAGAAGAAGAAACAAAAUAAGAAUACAAAACACAGAGAAGAAGCGAACAGAGAAAGAUUAGGGCUUUCUUGGAUUUUUAAAUAGAAUUUUCUUCUUCACUUGUGUUCUUUCUCAUUCGUUAUCCCAAAAGCUUUUGAUAAUCCAAGGUUUUAAAGAGGCAUGUCUUCUGAUACUGCUAAGGAAAAUGCUUCUGUUGUCGAUUCGUCUUUGACUGAUUGGAAACAAGAUUUAGGAAACUCUGAUGAUCCAGAGAGUACAAGUUACAGAAGCAAGGAAGACCAUAAACUGUCAAAGGUGGAUGUUGAUCGACGUAACUUUCCUGAUCAACUUGAAAGUGCAAAGGCGAAUAAGAAUAGUAAACCAGGGUAUCGAACGAGAUAUUUCAUCAUCAAAAGUCUGAAUUAUGAUAAUAUUCAAGUUUCAGUUGAGAAAGGGAUUUGGGCUACUCAAGUAAUGAAUGAGCCAAUAUUGGAAGGCGCUUUUCAUAAAUCUGGUCGAGUGAUUUUAAUCUUCAGCGUGAACAUGAGCGGAUUCUUCCAAGGGUAUGCAGAGAUGUUGUCUCCUGUGGGUUGGAGGCGAGACCAGAUAUGGAGUCAGGGAGGUGGUAAAAACAAUCCCUGGGGACGUAGUUUUAAAGUAAAAUGGUUGCGGUUGAGUGAAUUGCCUUUUCAGAAAACACUUCAUCUCAAGAAUCCUUUGAAUGAUUACAAGCCUGUCAAGAUUAGCCGAGAUUGCCAGGAAUUACCUGAAGAUAUCGGUGAAGCACUUUGUGAACUCCUUGAUGCAAAUAGCUGCGAUGACGGGUUGCUGAAUAGCUCUUCUAGGGAUGAUUAUUCAACAAAAAGGUCCCGCGCAGAACCUCCAUCUUCUUCAGGAGACGAUGAGUAUAAUAACAAUCUUUGGGGCCAUACACCAAUGUCUUACCCUCCUACGGUCUACCCAAACCAGGAUGACCUCAGCAGAUUUCAUCUUGCACAGCAGAGAGGAUAUGGAGUUUCCCCCGAAUAUCUGCAUACAUCACCAGGUGCAUCUAACUCUCGCACGGAGCAAGACAAGUCUUUACGAUUCAACUCAUGGUGUUUGCCUUUGGAAAGCCCUCUCGCGAAUUCUCUAACCGAUGAUGAUUUUCUUGAAAUGGUAGUGGCAUAUCUGCUUGUAACUUAUGCUGAGAAUUUCAUCCCAUUACGACCUCUUGUUCUCGAAUUAGAUAUUUUUUGUAAGUCAUGUUGUUUAGUUGAAUCAAGAAUAGUCAUGACACACUACUGGAAACUUGGUGAAAACAUUUGUAGUAUUUUUCAAACUCUGAGCUAUUUCAGUGUGCUCUUUCUGAUCCAUAACACUUACAUAUCUCAGUGUCUGGCUGAGUUUUGCAUUGAUGUUACAGGGACUUCUUUCUGUUUCUUGAGAAGCAUCAUGAGAUCAGGUUAUGUUGUUGUUGUAUGUUUGACAAAGUCUUGUGAUUGUGUUUUUUUGUUGUUUUUUGCAGUCUUAUGAAGAGUACGUUGAAACCCAUGGCAAAUGCAUGAAGCAGCUUGGUCUUCCUGUGAUUCCACAAUCACGAUCAAUACAAGAGCCAUCAAGUAGAACUGAUGAUGUAAGCAAUGGUUCUUCAAAAGAUCAGCCAUCAUCAAGAAAGAGAGGACGACAUUCAUCCUAGGAUUCAACUACAAGACUCACAACUCUAGCCCGAAAAUCACAUUGAAAUGCACAAGAAUAUGUAGUGCCAUUUCGAUUGUACGGUGAUGGAGAAGUUGUUGUGAUAUUGUAAGAUGUUCAUUUUGCCCUGGUGGUUUAUAGAAACCAGAAGACUGUAACUAAAAGUUUCUUCUUUUGAUUGCCCAAACUUGUACAGUUUCAACUUCAAAUAUGGCAACAUGUAAACUUUUGGAAACCUAAACCCUAAAUUGGGUUUGC